AUGCGGGGCCUGGCGGGCUGGGCCACCAUCCUGGUGGCCCUGGGCGAGUGGCUGUGGGCGGGGGCGGUGGUGCCCCUGGCCGAUUUCUACCCCUUCGGGCCCGCGCAGGGCGACGCGGCCACGCGGAAACAGGACGACGGCGGCUCCGAGCUGCGGCCCCUCUCCGUUCCCUUCCCUUUCUUCGGCGCCGGGCACACCGGCCUCUAUGUGAACAACAAUGGGAUCAUCUCGUUCCUGAAGGAGGUCUCCCAGUUUACGCCGGUGGCCUUCCCUAUCUCCAAGGACCGUCGGGUGGUGGCUGCUUUCUGGGCUGACGUGGACAACCGGCGGGCAGGUGAUGUGUACUACCGGGAGAGCACCGAGCAGCCCAUCUUGGAGAGAGCCAGCAGGGACAUCGCCCAGUAUUUUCCCGAGUUCCCAGAGUUUUCAGCGCAGUGGGUCUUCAUCGCCACCUGGUACCGAGUGACCUUCUUCGGGGGCAGUUCGUUUUCACCCGUAAACACUUUUCAGAUCGUCCUUAUUACAGAUGGCAAGCUCUCCUUCACCAUCUUCAACUAUGAGUCCAUCACCUGGACCACGGGUAUGCACGCCAGCAGUGGGGGGGACUUUGCCGGGCUCGGCGGCAUCGCAGCGCAGGCAGGUUUUAACGCUGGUGAUGGAAAGCGCUACUUCAAUAUCCCCGGAUCCCGCACCGAUGACAUCGCUGACGUGGAGAUGACAACAAAUGUGGGUAUCCCCGGGCGCUGGGUGUUCAGAAUCGAUGAUGCCCAGGUGCAAGUGGGGGGCUGCAGCAAUACAACCUCUGUCUGCCUGACGCUGCGGCCCUGCCUGAACGGCGGGAGGUGUAUCGAGGACUGCAUCACGGGGAACCCCUCCUACACCUGCUCCUGCCUGGCCGGCUUCACUGGGAAGAGGUGCCAUGUUGAUGUGGACGAGUGUCUCUCCCACCCGUGUCAGAACGGAGCCACCUGCCUGAAUGGUGCUGGCAGCUUCAGCUGUAGGUGCCCGCCGGGCUUCAGAGGCACCAACUGCGAGACAGAGGAAUCACCAUGUGAGAGCAGGGUGUGCCAGAAUGGCGGGAGGUGCCAGGUGGCAAACGGGACAGCAGUGUGCGUCUGCCAGCCGGGGUACUCGGGGGCAGACUGCCAGACAGAGGUGAACGAGUGCGAGUCCAGCCCUUGCCUGAACGGUGGGCACUGCGUCGACCUCCUCGAUAACUACACCUGUGUCUGCCUGGAGCCCUUCGUGGGACAGCGUUGUGAGACAGACUCAUCUUCCUGUGAGGACAGGAGCUGCAGGAACCGGCAGACUUGCAACUACAUCCGUCCUGGCCGCUACAUCUGCACCUGCUCCCCAGGUUAUUACGGCAACAACUGCCAGUAUGGUGGGCCUCGUGUGCCCGGUGCCUGCCUCUCCCACCCAUGCCAGAACGCGGGCAGCUGCCUGGAGACAGAGCAGGGCUAUGUCUGUGAAUGCCAGGAGGGCUACACUGGGCAGGACUGUCGAAACAAGCUCUCGGAGGGCUGUGAGUGUCGCAACGGGGGCAGCUGUCUGGAGGGGAACGUCACCAUCUGCCAGUGCCCACCUGGGUUUUUUGGUCUCCUCUGUGAAUUCGAAGUCACCACCACGCCGUGCAACAUGAACACGCAGUGCCCGGAUGGCGGGUACUGCAUGGAGUAUGGGGGGAGCUACCUCUGUGUCUGCCACACCGACUAUGGCACCAACCACACGAUGCCAUCCCCCUGUGACUCGGAGCCCUGCCUGAAUGGGGGGUCCUGUGAGAUUCACGACGACUCCUACACCUGCCAGUGUCCUCGAGGCUUCCUGGGCAAACACUGUGAGAAAGCCAAGCCACGGCUCUGCAGCACGGGGCCCUGUCGCAACGGGGGCACCUGCAGGGAGGCAGAUGGCGAGUACCACUGCUCCUGCCCCUACCGCUUCACCGGCAAGCACUGCGAGAUCGGUAAGCCGGACCCCUGCGCCUCAGGGCCCUGCCAGAACGGGGGCACCUGCUUCCACUACAUUGGCAAGUACAAGUGUGACUGUCCCCAGGGCUACGGCGGCCGGCACUGCGAGAUCGUGCCCUCCCCGUGCCUCCUCAGCCCCUGUGAGAACGGCGCUACCUGCGAGGACCUCGGCACGGGCUACACUUGCACGUGCCCUGUGGGCUACGUAGGGAAGCACUGCCAGUCUGAGAUCGACUGCGGGGUCCCCAGUGAGGUGAAGCAUGCCCAGGCCUCUUUCAAUUCCACCAAGGUGGGCUCGCUGGCUGAAUACCAGUGUGAGCUGGGCUACACUCUCAGUCAACACAACCACCCUCGCGUCUGCCGCCUGCCAGGCAUCUGGAGUGAGCCCCCUGAAUGUGAUGAGGUCGAUGAGUGUCGGUCCCAGCCCUGCCUGAACGGCGGCCGCUGCCAGGACCGCGUCGCCGAGUUCCUGUGCCUCUGUGAGCCAGGUUACACCGGCCACCAGUGCGAGUCAGAUGUCGACGAGUGCCAGUCAGCGCCCUGUAAGAACGGCGGGACCUGCCAGGACCUCCCUGGGUCCUUUGCCUGCCACUGUCCUGAGGGCUUUGUGGGGACGCAGUGCGAGACAGAAGUGGACGCCUGCGAGUCAGACCCUUGCCGAAACGGGGGGGAGUGCGAGAGCUACGGGGGCUCUUACCUCUGCGUGUGCCCAGAGGGUUUCUUCGGCUACCACUGCGAGACAGCCAGCGACCCGUGCUUCUCCAGCCCCUGCGGGAGCAGAGGCUACUGCCUGCCCGGCAAUGGCACCCACAGCUGCACCUGCAAAGUCAGCUACACAGGCAAGAGCUGCGAAAAAGAAUUGCUGCCACCAACCUCAUUAAAGGUGGAAAGGGUGGAGGACACUGGUGUGUUGAUUUCUUGGCACCCACCUGAGGACGCAGCCGCCAGGCAACUCAUUGACGGCUACGCCGUGACGUACGUAUCCCUCGACGGCUCUUACCGCAGGACAGAUUUUGUGGACCGAAGUCGUUCUGCCCACCAAUUGCGGGCACUAGCCUCCGGCAGAGCCUACAAUAUUUCUGUCUUUUCAGUCAAACGCAACGUGAACAACAAGAAUGAUAUCAGCAGGCCCAUCAUGCUCACCACGCGCACUAGACCGCGGCCGGUGGAAGGCUUUGAGAUCACGAACGUGACGGCCAGCGCCAUCACGGUGCAGUGGGCUCUCCACCGGCUCCAGCACUCCACCGUCAGUAGGGUGCGGGUCUCCAUCCGCCAGCCGGGGGACCUGGCAGACCGCACCGUGGAGCUGAACAGCAGCGUGGCCAAAUACACCUUCCUGGACCUGCAGCCAGGAGAGAGGUACAUCAUCCAUGUCACAACGCUGAGCGGCCUGGGGACGGAAGACCACCCCUCAGAGAGUCUGGCUACAGCCCCCUUCCACGUGUGGACAAGGCCUCUCCCCCCAAAAAACCUCACUGCCUCCCGUGUCACCACCACCUCCGUGUCUCUGGCGUGGGAGCAGCCGCCUGCCGGCGCGGUGGAGGGGUACAUCAUCAAUGUCACCACUGCUCAGAGCGUCAAGAGCCGCUACGUGCCCAACGGGAAGCUCGUGUCCUACACGGUGCGGGACCUGCUCCCCAGGCAGCAGUACCGCCUGUCCGUGACCGCCGUGCAGAACACGGAGCAAGGCCAAGUGCACAGCGAGCCCAUCCACCUCUAUGUCACCACCCUGCAGAGGGAUGGGGCUCCAGAGAGACGGUGGAGCCAAGCUGGGCACCCCCGGCUCCUGCGCAACAGGCUGCCCCCAGCUUUCCUGCCUGAGCUCCGCCUGCUGGCAGAUCACGACACAGCUGAAGAGCCCCUGCCAGCCCCCAGGUUCACUGAGCUGGUGGAUGGCAGAGGGAGGAUCAGUGCCAGGUUUGGCACUGCACUGGGAAAAUCCAUCACUGUGAAGACACAGCCAGAGGCUCCAGUGAAGCUGGAGAACGUGGAGGUGUCCAGCCAGGGCAGUCUGGCACUGCAGCUGCACGAGGCAAAGAGCAAAAGUGAGGAGCAGAACUGCUCCACAAACCCCUGCAGGAACGGAGGCACCUGCACCAGAGAUGCCCAGUCCUACCACUGUGACUGCCGCCCGGGCUUCAGGGGCCGGCUCUGCGAGCUGACCUGCAAGAAGGUGCCACACUCAUGCACGCGGCUGUACUCGGAAACCAAGUCAUUCCCUGUGUGGGAAGGAGGCACCUGCCACUACCUGUACAGGCGAGUCUACAAGGUACACCAGGAUGUCUGCUACAAGGAGAGCUGCAAGAGCACUGCUUCUGGAAAGACAACCAGCAGAAAACCAAGCAACAGUCACACACUGAAGAAGCCAUAGAAGUUCAAAGCAGUAGAAGCUUCAUCUUUCCACAUCUAAGGGCUUUUGAAACACCAGGAAGAUCAGAACUGCUCACUGGGUUGAAUGCAGUGGGGGAACCUUCCUGUCAUCAGGCAUCAGCCUCUCUCCCCUCCUCCAGUCUGUUAGGGACACGCAGUGGGAUGGGCAGGCCAAGCAGUGCUCCCUUCUCUCCUCCAGACCAGCACUGCCUUUGCUCUCUGCCUUGCCUUACUCCAGCUGCCUCUCUGCCCCCAGGGAGCUGAGCGCCAGUGUCCUGCAGCAGCUGGCUGGCUGCCCCCCAUGGGGAUCAGCCCUGCUUGGCCCCCCCAGCCACUCUGAACAAGCCCCAGGCUCCUGGCUCUCCUCAGGCAUCAGCAGGGCUGAGCUCCUAUUGCUGCCAACACCAAACCCUUCUCCUAAUCCAAGGUUAUAAGUUACCUAUAACCCCCAAAUAAAACAGUUUACUGCAGACCAAAAAUCCUUAGCUAUCACCUGAAAAGUGGCCCACAAAACUCUGGUUGAAGGAGACCUUCCCUCUGUAGACAAGUUAGGAAUGGUGAGCAGCUCCCCUAAGCAGUGAGGCAAGUGUGGACAGUAGAGAUACAUCCCUGUCUCCUCUGCUCUAGCUGGGGAAACUGAGGCACCUUCUACUGCCCACCUUUUUGCUUUGCUUUGUAAACAAUCCCUGUAAACAAACCAAAUUUCCAGCUCGGAAACCAACAGAGUAAUUAAAACGAAUUUAAAAAGUAGGGUCAAGUUUGUCAGCCAAGCCUAACACUGUGCUUGUUUUGACACUAGUAUCUCCAAGCCCAGCACCAAGCCCAGGAUGGGCUCAGUGACAAAACAAGCUGCUCGUGCCACCCCCCUGAGUUGCUCCAGUGUUGGCACUUCCCCUGGCACCAACCAGUGCUGCAGUGCCAGUGCUGUGCUUGUGGAGAGCACCAGUGUGCAAGGCCCUAGAGUGGCUGCCCCACUGGCUGCAGCAGAGCAGGCAAGGAAAAAGUGUAGCUUAGUAAUGUUCCUAAUUUUUGUGAGUUUGUAUGACAACACUAGUUAAACAUAGAUUUGUGUAUUAACAUACACAGUGUAUAUUAUAAAUUAAUACAUACCAGAGAUAUAUCGUAGUUGUGAUAUAGUGUUAUUUUCCUGAGCAGCAUGGGGGGGCAUCCCAGCAGGGCAGCCCUCCCCUCCCACAGGUGCAGCAGGGCACUGUGUUGUUCAGCCACAUGUGGAGCUGCAGCAUGGAUGCUCAAAGCAGAACAGGCCCAGACAUUUAGGUGCUCCUGGCACCACCUUCUCCCUCCCAGGAGCAGUGUAAGAGCUCUGGGCCAGGAGGAGCAGCUCCUGAGGCAUCCAGCAGGAGCCCAGGAGCAGCAGGGGCAAUGUAAAGCCAUGACCAGCUGGCCAGCAUGAUGCUCCUCCUGCAUGGGCUCUAGCUCUGCUCCCAGAGGAGAAUCAGAGUUGGAGAUGGACAUGCCUCCUUCUCCUUCAAGGCUACCUGACCCUCCUCCAGCCACCAUCCUGCUGUAAGGCCAGGACAGGAAUUCUGCCUCUCCAGGGCAUGAGAGGCCAGCCCUUGUCUGAAAGAACAGAGCAAGGGAAAAGCCAGAACAGCCUCUGAUAUCCAUCAGGGAGGGGAGGUUCUAGGGCUGUGGUCAGAAAGCAUUUGCACCCCUGCCUUGUCAGCCCCAAGACCAGCACCAACACGGGCUAGGAAGGUGGAGGUGGUCACACCAGGGGACAGUCCUCCUCCAGUGCAGCCCCUGGGCCUGUCCCUGCUGCAAGCCCAUGCAGCAGCCCCUGCCUCCCACCCUACAGCCAGCAAAAUAUGUAAUGCAGUGAAUUCCAACCUAGCCUUGGCAAUAAAUUAGUUAUUUUGG